AAUCCCAUGAAACCCUUCCAUCCCGAAAGCGGCUCCCUCCAUUACAGCGUCCUCCAGUUUGUCAAGUAUACCUUUAUGUUUAUCACACCUGUCCAUUUUCAGAUCUAAGGGUUCACUAUUUGUUUUAAGUAAAAUCACCUCUUAAAUCAUGGUUAACUCAAAAAUCUUACCAAUUUGGCAAAGAUAAAUCAAACAUCCCAAAAAAUCACUAGAAAAUUCCUUUUGGUUGGAGAAAAUAUUUUCUUACCAUGAAAAUCAUAAGCCCAAGAGAUAAACGGAGCAAGGAUCAACAAACACAGAAGAUUAAACCCAUUUACCUGGUACAACAACAACAAAAGAUAGCAAGGACAAAGAAAAUCAUUUGGUGAGCAAACGUUUUUCUGGAGAUUAAGCCAAAACAGAUUUAUGGAGAUCUCAUCUUGUGAGUCUCAAGGUGGAUUCAAUGUGCCAAUAAAACUUGGAAUGGAAUUUGAUUCAGAUGAGCAUGCAUAUGAAUGUUAUAAUGAAUACGCGGCUGCAAUUGGUUUUAGUGUCAGGAAAGAGUAUGCUAACAAGAACAAAGUCCAAGGAUAUGUGACUUCAAGAAAAUUUACAUGUCAUAAAGAAGGUUAUAGAAGCAAAGACAAACGAGAUCAGACAGUUCAAAAGCAUAGAAAGGAAACCAGGACAGGAUGCUUAGCUUAUAUUGUUAUUAGUCGUCAGUCAAAUGGAAAGUUUCGCAUCACUUCAUUUGAUGAGAAACAUAACCAUCCUCUUGAUCCUUCUUCUUUAUCUCAUAUGUUACCGUCACAAAGAAAGAUAAAUGUUGCUCAAGCACAUGAAGUUACUGCGAGGUAUGGACAUUUAUGCCAAAACAGAUUUAUGGAGAUCACCUCUAGUGAGUCUCAAGGUGGAUGUAAUGUACCAAUAAAACUUGGAAUGGAAUUUGAUUCAGAUGAGCAUGCAUAUGAAUGGUAUAAUGAAUACGCAGCUGCAAUGGGUUUUAGUGUUAGGAAAGAAUAUGCUAACAAAAACAAAGUCCAAGGGUAUGUGACUUCAAGAAAAUUUACAUGUCACAAAGAAGGUUAUAGAAGCAAAGACAAACGAGAUCGGACAGUUCAAAAGCAUAGAAAGGAAACCAGGACAGGAUGCUUAGCUCAUAUUAUUAUUAGUCGUCAAUCAAAUGGAAAGUUUCGCAUCACUUCAUUUGAAGAGAAACAUAACCAUUCUCUUGAUCCUUCUUCUUUAUCUCAUGUGUUACCGACACAAAGAAAGAUAAAAGUUGCUCAAGCACAUAAAGUUAGUGUGAGGUAUAAACAUUUAUGCCAAAUGUUUUCCCAAAUUUCAAGUGAAGCUUCAGAAUCAAAAGAAGGGUAUGAAUUGGCUGCAAAGUGUGCGAACGAGUUAGUUGUGAAGUUAAAGCAUGUAAAGAAAAAUGAAUCACAUGAUGAUUCAGCUCCAAGCAAGAGUAUUGAAAAUGAAUUGAGUGAGACCGUAUUUAUUGAUAACACAAAUGCCACGAAGGUGACUGGGUUAAAAAGGAAGCAGCCAACUUGUCGCUCUAAAACUCUGACAAUGAGUUUUAUGGAAAUGGCCAAGAGGAAAAAUAAUACCUCACUGCUAAAAUCUCCUCAAUGCCAAACUGACAAGAAGUUAGACCACCUUCCAUCUCUUCUAUCUUGUCAAGUCACAUGUCCAUCUUUAUCAGAUGCAUCAAUGACUACGGGAGUGGCAGAAGCAAGUUGUCUCAAGGAUCAUCCUAUGAAAGUCUGACUCAACUCUUAUAAGAUGUUUCAUUUCAUGAUUAAACAAGUAUUCUCAAUGUUGAUUGUGGCAACUUCACACAAGGUAGGGGAAGUCUGCUAUCCUCUGCCCUCCCCAGACUCCGAAAAAGCAAAGGUUUCAUAGUGAUGAUGAUUUAUAUGACCACAGUCAUGAUCUCAAAAUUUAGAUGUGUACUUCAUUAUCAUUGUUAUCAUCUGACGUAGAAACUUGAUUUUGCUCAAUCGGUUUUGUACCACUUUGUAGUUUGGAAUUGUCCUCUGCGAAUUGAGUUGCUGCUUUUUUCGCAGCAAGGCUGCUACUUAACAUUCAUUACUAAGCCUGGAUAAUUGUACUUUAUUGUGGAAAAAGAGCUUGUAGAAAUGCCUUUUUAGCAUCUAAUCAGAAGUAGGAAUCCAAUGAAAGCAUUCUUGUAUUCAACAUGGUAUUUGAUUAGGUGCAAAAGAAUAUUUUUGCCAUAA